AUGCCUCGGACCCCAUGCUCGUCCACUGUUUGGCACUCCACACCAAGCCCUGGGACCAGCACACCACCAUGGCACAGACGCGAGCAGUAUGCGGGAGGGGGUGAAGCCUCCUCCGGUCCCACUCUGAACCCAGCUCGCUCUGCUCCGCACUCCCUUACGCCCCCUGCCCCUCUCGCCGCUCCAUCUGACACCCCCUUCGCUCCGACGGCCGUCCCCCCCUUCACUGCACCAGCCGCACCUCGCCACCUGCGCCUCACGUUUCCCCCACUCUCUUGUACCUCUCACAUCCACCUCACGUUUCCCCUCCUCUCUUCUUUCAUUUGCAUGCGCCUCACGUUUGAUCUCCGAGUUUCUUCCUCUCGCGUGCGCCUCGUGUUCCCCCCCCUCUCUGCUUCCCCUCGCAUGAGCCUCACCUUUCCCCUCCUCUUUUCUUACUCUCGCACGCGCCUCACAUUUCCGCUCAACAUCUCUCCCCCUCUCAUGCGCCUCACAUUUCCCCUCCUCUCUUCCUCCUCUCUCAUGCACCUGACGUUUCCCCUCCUCUCUUCAUCCUCUCUCAUGCGCAUGACGUUUCCCCCCCUCUCCCCUUCCUCAGGCAUGCGCCUCACAUUUCCCCUUCUCUCUUCUUCCUCUCUCAUGCGUCUGACGUUUCCCCUCCUCUCCUUUUCCUCUCACAUGCGCCUCCCGGUUACUCGUCCUCUCGUCCUCCUCUUUACUGCGCCUCACGUUUCCCCUCCUCUCUUCCUCCUCUCUCAUGCGCCUGACGUUUCCCCUCCUCUCUUCUUCCUCUCGCAUGCACCUCUCGUUUCCCCUCCUCUCUUCCGAACUCUCGCAUGUGCCUCACUUUUCAAACCCUCUCUUCUUCCUCUCGCAUGCACCUCACGUUUCCCCUCCUCUCUUCUUCCUCUCGCGUGA